ACUUUCAGGAGUAACUUUUCUCUCUCUUCUAAUUUCACUAGAUUCUCAUUACUGUGCAAAACGUCAUCUCCGAAACCCGAGCUUCGAAUACCCAAAUUUUUUCCAGAAAAAAAACCUAAUUUAUUCUCUAUUGCAAUAUAAUUUUUUUUUUUUAGAAAAUUGAAAAAGAAAUAUAAGUCAUUUCAGUGAAUUAGGGUUAUAAUUCGAUCCUAGAGCUAUUACUACUGAAAAAUUUAUGAGUUUUCCAUCAUCUGAAAGAGUACAAAAUGGAAAUUAUCAGUGAGAGAAGAAGAACCCGAUCUCAAGCGGCUGCUAUUCUAGUGGAGCUAAAAUCCAUCAAUUUUCAAUCAGAAAAAAGACCCAAAGUACAUGAAAAAGAUGGUGUGAAAAAUUUUGGGAAAAGGAAGCGUCGAAAGGGUAGUAAUGUCAGGAGAAAAAAGAAGGGAAAAUAUGUACAAGUUGACUCUGAUGAUGAUGAAGACUAUGUGUUUGAUAAAAGUCCCAAAAGGAGAAAGCUGGAUUAUGGACACAAGGGGAAGAGUUCCAGCUCGGAUUUGAAGAUUUGGGAUUUUUAUGUUCAACCGAGAAAGCAUUUCACAGCAAGAAUUGGGACACACACUAAUGUUGAUGUUGUUAAAUUGUUGAAUGCGAAGUUGGAUGAUAGGCAGAUUCAGAUGUUCAGAGAAACAUGCUUCGGGCAUUUUCUUGAUUUGCCCGAUGUAUUGGUUCAGCCUCAAUUGAUACACUCGCUAUUGCUGAGGGAGGUGGUUCACGAGAGAGAGGAUGAGUUGUGGAUUUCAGUGAAUGAUGUCAGGCUGCGUUUUGGGCUUGUUGAGUUUGGGAUUAUCACCGGGUUAAAGUGUACGGGUGAUGCUGAUAUGUGCCUUGAUUUCGACGGAACGAAUCGGUUGUUUGAUACGUACUUUUCUGAACUUACCAGGGUACCUAAGCAAUCCUUAAUUGACUGCUUCCUUAAUAAGAGAUGGAAAUCCGAUGAGGAUGCAGUCAACAUUGCUGUCCUAUAUUUCAUACACACAUUCUUGCUCUCCACUCUGAAUCGUAAUUAUAUCACGAGGGAUGACUUUGGGCUCGUUGAGAGCGGUGCAUAUCAAACGUACCCUUGGGGAAAAGUUGUCUUUAAAGCCACACUGAAGUCUAUUAAGGGUAGGUUGCUUGGGAAGCCCUCGAUGUACAGGCUUCGUGGAUUACCAUUGGCAUUCCAAUGUUGGUUUUACGAGUGCUGCCCUUAUGUUAAUAAGAAGAUUGCUUUCCGGGUUGAUGACAAAGUGCCCCGCAUACUUAGUUGGAAAGUUACAAAGCAGCCAAACCUCAAGAAGUUGUCGAAUGGGAUUUUCAUGCAGAGGCGGGAUCAGUUUAUGCUGAGGAAUAUUUCUCCAACAGAAUUUGAGCAAACAACACUGAAUUUGCCUGAAUCAUUUGAAAAUGAAAGGGAUAAUGAGGUGGCAUCUGGAGAUGGCGCUGAAGUUCAUCUUAGUGAUGAUGACUUUAGCGGUUCGCCGCCUCAAACAAGUAGGAAGCAGCCUAAAACCAAACCUGAUCAUCCCUUGAACAAUGAUGACUGGAGCAUCGAGUUAAAAAGACUGAGUGAUGGACAGUCGGAGUUGAAGAGUGAGAUUCAGAUGCUCAACAAGGAGGUUGCAUCGCUCAAGGACUGCAUGGUAGCAUCCUUUGCAGAUGCUUUUAAAGCCAUCAAGUCUCUGUCGAAGAAACAAAGAGAAAAGAUUGCUUCCGAGGUGAUGCACAAACUUGAUGGAGAAAAUGGCCACCAUGACAGACAUGGCGAAAGCGAUUCUAGUGACUUUAGUAAUAGUGAAGACAAUGGUUGUGAAGGUCAAGAGCAUGGCAAGGACUCUAUGGGCGACAAGGACAAUAGUGAGAAAGGGAAUGAAGUAGCUUUGGGCGAUGCUGAGGGCCGGGAGACAGUUAGAGAUCCUGUGGAGGAGGGUGAAAGGAUGGACGUAUCUGCGUCUCCGAUUCUUCCAGAUACAUGUGAGGUUUCAGACCACAUUACACCGGAACAAAGUCAUCCGACACCAAUUCUAGAGUCACCAUAUGUGAACCAAGGCGACACUGGUGUUGAGGGUUCUUCCGAGAAGUCCAUUUUAAAAGGAGAGCACCCUUUAGAGAGCAAAAUUGUUGAUAAUGUUGAUUAUAGUUUGUUGUCUGAGUUUGAUAAGUGGGUUGACGAAGGGAUGAAGAAAGAAAGCAAGUAAGAUGACUGUUUCAGUGUUUGCUACCUAUGAAGCAUUGAGAGGGAGGAAUGAGACCGGUUCAGUUUAGCAGUUUUACAUCGAGCAAAUAGCAUUUCGUGUUAAGCUCAAACAACAUCUUCCCAAAAUUCUGCGUUUUCCUUUUAAUUUAUGCAUCCUUUAUUGCUGUUGACGCUGUUAAGAACCUUCUUUGCUUUAUCGUAGGAAGAAAAGGUCGGAGAAGUGUAUUAUGUUAGUGAACCCGUGUUCUUGAUUUUGGCAUAAUAGCAGAGCUAACAUUUCCCUUCCCGACAAUGAUUCUGCCAAUUUUAAGGUUUAGAAACAAGAGACUAAAUUCAUUUGUGAAUAAAGUGCAGUUUAGAUUGUAGUUUUUUAUUUUCUCUGCAUACUUUAAGCCUUGUAAUGUUGCUUCUUAUACAUUGCAAUUGAGAAA